CCAUGGGCUCUAUGAGCACAAACGUCUUUGUGCUCUUGUGGCGUGUGAUCACAAGCGGUGCGUGUAAGUUCAGUGAUGAUUCCUAUGGAAGGUCUUCUCCACCAGGCUCCCAGCAGCACGGUAACACUCCUGGGGGCUGGGCUGUUUCUACUGGUCCUCUACCUCCUCUCCUCUGGUUCCAGUUCUGAGCCACAGGGGAAGGAGCCUCCAGGACCCAGACCACUACCCCUGCUUGGUAAUCUGCUCCAGCUGGAUUUAAAGAGGCUAGGCGACACUGUCUAUGAGAUGUCUAAGACAUAUGGCUCGGUGUUCACAGUUCACAUUGGACCAAAAAAGGUGGUGGUUCUUGCAGGAUACAAGACGGUCAAGGAGGCACUGGUCAACCAUGCAGAGGAGUUUGGAGAACGGGGGAUUGCUUCUGUAUUUAGGGAACUCCAACAAGGAAAUGGUAUUUCAUUCGCCAAUGGAGAUUCGUGGAAAGAGAUGAGACGCUUUGCCCUGACAAACCUUCGAGACUUUGGCAUGGGCAAAAAAGGGAGCGAGGAGAAGAUCAUUGAGGAAGUUCGCUACCUGAUAGAAGUGUUUGAAGAACACAAGGGUGAAGCCUUUGACACAACCCAGCCAAUACAUUAUGCCAUCUCCAACGUAAUCUGCAGCAUUGUCUAUGGCAGCAGGUUUGAAUACUCUGAUCCCAGAUUCAGACACUCGGUGGAUCGAGUCAAUGAGAGCCUCCGGCUUGGAGGCUCUGCUUCAGUAGAGUUGUACAACAUCUUCCCGUGGCUCGGUCCGUUACUUGAGUCCAAGUCCCGUAUGUUUCAAAAUGAUGCCGACAACAAGAAGGAGAUCCGAGACCUGGUGAUGGAGCUGAAGGAGACUCUCAACCCUCAGAUGUGUAGAGGCUUCAUUGACUCAUUCCUGGUCCGAAUGCAGACCUUGGAGGAGACGGGAAACUCAAACUCUCAUUACCACAUUGAGAAUCUAAUACAGACAGUGGCCAACCUCUUUGCUGCCGGCACCGACACCACGGCAACAACCAUGCGCUGGGGUCUGAUGUUUAUGGCCAAGUACCCCCAAAUACAGGACCGGGUCCAAGAGGAGAUAAGCAGGGUUAUAGGAAGUCGUCAGCCCUUGAUAGAAGACAGGAAGAACCUGCCCUACACUGAUGCAGUGAUCCAUGAGACCCAGAGGGUGGCCAACAUUUUACCCGUCUCUCUUCUUCACGUCACCAGCCGAGACAUCACCUUCCAGGGAUACUUCAUCAAAAAGGGGACAGAUGUGAUUCCUCUGCUGACAUCAGUCCUCCGGGACGAGAGCGAAUGGGAGACUCCUCACGCCUUUAACCCCGCCCACUUCCUGAAUGAGAGAGGUCAAUUUGUCAAGAGAGACGCAUUCAUACCCUUUUCAUUAGGUCGUAGAUUGUGUCUGGGGGAGAGUCUUGCCAGGAUGGAGCUCUUCAUUUUUUUUGCCUCCCUCCUGCAGCGUUUUCGUUUCUCUCCUCCUCCAGGAGUAACAGAGGAUGAUCUCGACCUCACUCCAUUGGUGGGGUUAACCCUCAAUCCUUUACCUCACCAGCUGUGUGCUGUGAGCCGAGUCUGAAUGACAUUCUGUAUCUUUGACAAACUAGAUUCUCAACAUUAGAAAAACACAGGACUCCAAAGUCAUUGUCGCUUAACAUAGAAAGAAAUUAUAUUAAUUUAUAUCUGGUUUAAAUUGUAUUGCACCAAAAUGGCAGAAUGAGCUACAGUGGAUAUAAAAAGUCUACACAUACCUGUUAAAAUGCCAGGUUUAUGUGAUGUAAAAGAAUGCGACAAAGAUAACCUGGCAUUUAACAGGGGUGUGAAGACUUUAAAUCCACUGUAUCAUACGCCAUUCAGACCAGCCAUGCAGUCUAAGAUGCUAACAUGCUAAUGACAAAGAAAUUACAAAUUGGUCAUAUCCCAAACGUCUUCAAGGAAUAAGUAAUCACAGUUAAUGAUUUUCAAAUGUUUAAUAUAUGACAAUCUGUACAUAUUAAAAUAAAGUACUAUGUAAUGUUCUGUGUAUCUUUUAUAUAGGUAGAUAUUAAUAUAGAUUUCAGCGGUUUUUAAAUCCAUAUUAAAUGUAGUGUAGCUGGGCACAGCCAGAACAGAAGACGUAACAACAUAAACAGUACCUUGGCGACGGUCUCGGAGGUGGCUCGUAAAAGGUGGACUACAUCUGGGUGUCAGUUAGAAUUAUGGACAUAUCUACGUACAGUGGGGAGAACAAGUAUUUGAUAACCUGCAAAAUCGUCAGUGUUUCCUACUUACAAAAAAUCCAGAAAAUCACGUUGGAAGAAGUUCUGGAUGACGGACAAUCUUCCUCGGUCUGGGGCUCCAUGCAAGAUCUCACCUCGUGGGGCAUCAAUGAUAUUGAGGAAAGUGAGGGAU